AUGUUCUCUUACGUCGUCGCUGGCUGCCAGACAGUACUCUCAUGGGUAUUCGGUACUGUCUCGGAGCAGCAAGACUCGCAAUCGGUCAAGGUGUUCAUCGUCGGUGCAACCGGCUAUGUCGGAGGCGCCGUCCUUGCUCUCUUAUUGGCGAGCGAAAAUGCGAAACGGUUUGACGUGACAGUGCUCUCCCGUAGCGCGGAGAAGGCGAGGGCGUUCGAGUCAUUUGGCGUGAAGGCCAUCGUUGGCUCGCUCGACGACCUGGUGACUCUCGAGGGGAUCGCGGCCGAGUCUGACGUUGUCAUUGAAUGUGCAGAUGCGGAUCACAUAGCAUCGACUAAGGCAUUUCUAGCGGGUCUGAGAAAAAAGUACGAGACGACAGGAAAAGCCCCUAUUCUCGUCCACACGUCUGGAACAGCGGUUCUGAGCGACAAUGCCGCUGGGAUGCACAGCACCGACGUGGUCUACUGCGACGCCGAUCCCGAGCAACUGGAUGCCAUCGCACCAACGCAGCCGCAUCGCAACGUCGAUCUCACCGUUAUAGCCGGCGACAAGGAAGGCACAGCACGUUACGUCAAGACGUUCAUCGUGCUUCCUUCGACCAUCUACGGCCUCGCGUCGGGGCCGCUCGUCGACGCCGGCAUCGUGAACCCGCGCUCGAUGCAGAUCCCCGCGCUCAUCGAGGCCAGCAUGGAUCGUCGCCAGGCGGGGAUGGUCGGGGCGGGACAGAACUUCCAUCCCAACGUCCACAUCGAUGACGUGGCGCAGCUGUACUGCACAAUCGUUGAGCGUGCACUCGCCGGGGACGACAUCGGCCAUGGAAGGGAAGGCUUCUAUUUCGGCGAGAACGGCGAGCACACCAUGCUCGACAUCGCGCAAACCAUGGGCGCGGACCUUGCGGGGAUGGGCCUCGCGGACACGGCGGAUCCGUCGACGUUCAACAAGACCGAGCUGGAUAAAUACUUCGGUGGCUCCAACAGUCUGGGAACGAACGUCCGCUGUCGCGCUGAACGCUCCCGGGGCAUAGGCUGGAAGCCCGCGAAGACGUCCGAGGACAUGCUGGCCAGCAUUAAGCCCGAGAUUGAGCAUAUCAUCGCAGGGCGAAAGCUAAACUCUGGAGCGUGUUCUGGCACUGGCUCGCCCCGCGAGGGCUGA